CAGAUUGCGAAAGUGUACCACUCACAGCUGUAUCAAACAUUUUUGUUGUCGAGACGUCAAAACGAUUGAAUUAAAGCGAGCAUUGAUAGAUUCUGAUUUAAAACGGAAGAAAAACAGUCAUGACGAUUCAUAACUUGUAUAUUUUUUCGAAAACUGGCACAUUAUUAUAUUAUGCUGAGUGGAACAGAUUGAAUAAAUCGGGGAUAACAAAAGAAGAGGAAGCAAAGUUGAUGUAUGGAAUGCUGUUUUCCAUAAAAUCAUUUGUAAGUAAAAUCUCACCAUUGGAUCCUAAGGAGGGAUUUCUGUAUUACAAGACAAGCAAAUAUACACUUCAUUAUUUUGAAACACCAUCGGGUCUUAAGUUUGUACUGAACACAGAUAAUGCGAGUCAGAAUGCCAGAGAAUUAUUACAACAAUUGUAUAGAGAAGUGUAUCUGGAAUAUGUAGUAAAGAAUCCACUAUGCCAAUUAAAUGAACCAAUACAAAGUGAAUUAUUCAAAAUAAAAGUAGAUGAACUAUUUAAGAAAUCACCUCUAUUUCUAAGUCGAUCAUUAUAGAUUAUAAAAGUAUAAAAUCUUUAGGUAUACAAAAACAGGUUAAACUAAAUUAAUAAUUAAUUCUAUAAUACAAAUUUUUAUAUGAUGUAUUGUUUUAUAUUUUUAAGAUUUAGUUUUGUAUUACUAUUUCUACACAAUACAAGAUUAAAAC